AUGAUGGCCCUCCGCGCUCUUCGAUCGAGCGCCUCUAGGGUCGCCCCUCGCUCCUCCUCUUCGUCAUUGGCUGCUGCUUCGCGCGGUUACGCCACUGUCGCUGAGGAGGCUGCAGAGAUUCCCUCGUCUCUCUACGACCAAAAGGUCGACAUGUCCCAGGUCGAGAAGGGCAAGGGCUACUACAUCAAGUACAACAAGCUCGCAGAGAACAUUGACAUCGUCCGCAAGAGGCUCAACCGCCCCUUGACCUUGUCAGAAAAGAUCGUCUACGGCCACUUGGACGACCCCCAUGGACAGGACAUCAACCGUGGUGUUUCGUACCUCAAGCUCCGUCCUGACCGUGUCGCCUGCCAAGAUGCUACCGCCCAGAUGGCUCUUCUCCAAUUCAUGUCGGCAGGUCUCCCCGAGGUCGCUGUCCCCACCACUGUCCACUGUGACCACUUGAUCGAGGCUCAGGUCGGCGGUGUCAAGGACCUUGCCCGCGCCAAGGAGAUUAACAAGGAGGUCUACGACUUCCUUGCCACCUGCACUGCCAAGUACGGUAUUGGCUUCUGGAAGCCCGGAUCCGGUAUCAUCCACCAGAUUCUCCUCGAGAACUACGCCUUCCCCGGUGGUAUGAUGAUUGGUACCGACUCGCACACCCCCAACGCUGGUGGUCUCGGCAUGAUUGCCUGUGGUGUCGGUGGUGCUGACGCCGUCGACGUCAUGGCUGACAUUCCUUGGGAGCUCAAGUGCCCCAAGGUUGUCGGUGUCGAGCUCAAGGGCAAGCUGUCGGGCUGGACCGCGCCCAAGGACAUUAUCCUCAAGGUCGCCGGUGAGCUGACCGUCAAGGGUGGAACUGGCGCUAUCAUCGAGUACAAGGGCCCUGGUGUCGAGUCACUCUCUGCCACUGGUAUGGGUACCAUCUGCAACAUGGGUGCCGAGAUUGGUGCUACCACCUCCGUCUUCCCCUACAACGACCGCAUGGGUGCCUACCUCGAGGCCACGAAGCGUGGUGACAUCGCCAAGCUUGCCAAGGGAUUCCAGAAGAACCUCCUGCCCGACCAGGGCGCCGAGUACGACAGGCACAUUGAGAUUGACCUCAACAACCUCGAGCCCUACAUCAACGGCCCCUUCACCCCUGACCUUGCCACCCCCCUCUCCAAGUUCGCCGAGGAGGUCAAGAAGAACAACUGGCCCGAUGAGCUCAAGGUCUCCCUCAUUGGCUCAUGCACCAACUCAUCGUACGAGGACAUGUCUCGAUCUGCCUCGAUCGCCGAGGAGGCCCUCAAGCACGGUCUCAAGGUCAAGGCCAAGUUCACCAUCACCCCCGGAUCUGAGCAGAUUCGCGCCACCAUUGAGCGUGACGGCCAGAUGCAGACCCUCUCCGAGGCUGGCGGUGUUGUGCUCGCCAACGCCUGCGGACCCUGCAUCGGCCAGUGGGACCGUACCGACGUCAAGAAGGGCGAGAAGAACUCGAUCAUUACCUCGUACAACCGUAACUUCACGGGCCGUAACGAUGCCAACCCUGCCACUCACGCCUUCGUCGCCUCGCCCGACCUCGUCACCGCCAUGGCCUUCGCUGGCAGCCUGACCUUCAACCCCGUCACGGACUCGCUCAAGGGCGCCGACGGCAAGGAGUUCAAGUUCUCUGACCCCUCGGGCAUUGAGCUCCCCUCGCGCGGCUACGACCCCGGAGAGUCGACCUUCGCUGCUCCCCCUGAGUCUCUCAAGGAGCGCGAGGACAUCGCUGUGGCCAUCUCGCCCGACUCUGACCGUCUGCAGUUCCUUGCGCCCUUCAAGGCCUGGAACAAGGAGGACCCCAAGGGCUGCCCCGUCCUCAUCAAGGCUGUCGGCAAGUGCACCACUGACCACAUCUCCGCUGGUGGCCCGUGGCUCAAGUACCGUGGUCACCUGCAGAACAUCUCCAACAACUGCCUCAUCGGCGCUGUCCCCGAGGGUGGCAAGCCCAACGAGCUCACCAACCUCAUGACUGGCGAGACGGGCACCGUGCCCCAGGUUGCGGCUCACUACCGUGACAACGGCAAGCCGUGGGUUGUCAUCGGUGACCACAACUAUGGUGAGGGCUCCUCGCGUGAGCACGCCGCUCUUGAGCCCCGAUACCUCGGUGGUACCGCCAUCAUCACCCGCUCCUUCGCUCGUAUCCACGAGACCAACUGCAAGAAGCAGGGUCUCCUCCCGCUCACCUUCAAGGACGAGGCAGACUACGACAAGGUCAAGCCGGCGACCUACGUUGACCUCGAGGGCGUCAAGGAGCUUGCUCCUGGCUCCGAGGUCACGAUGGUGUGCAAGGACGCCAAGUCCGGAGAGGAGUACGCGCGCAUCCCCCUUGUCCACUCGUUCAACGCUGGUCAGAUCGAGUGGCACCGCGCAGGCUCGGCGCUGAACUUGAUGGCCGCCAAGGCGAAGGCGAGGGCCGCUGGCCAGGCAUAAGUCAGGGCUUCCCUUGCGAUCAUUGUGUGGUUUGAUAGUGUGUGUGGAGAAGCAGCAUUCCCGUAGGCUACUAAAGCGCAACCUCAUUCCUUCUCUUUCUUGCUCUUAUAGCGACUUGUGGCUCAGAAUCGAAUGUUGUUUGACGAGGAGCAGCGACUGCCGGCCUGGCCUGAAUUGCGUGAUGAUGGACUGAGAGAGCAUUGAUGACAAAUUGAAGCGUGUAGCAGAAUACAAACAGCGUCCCUCUAAUGGCAGGCCAUACCCUUACUGUCCACAACGUCUUCCCCGUCCUCAUCACUGACAUAUUCGCCCCACACUCCGGGCGCAUCCUGCUCAUCCUCAUCAA